AUGUCUGUCACAGUACAGGAAUUCUCACAAUUCCACCUGGCGAUGCGUUUACACGCGAACGGCGCUCGUUUUUCUUCCUAUUCCACUCCCCUCGGAAACAAACAGAAGAAGAGCACAGCUUGCGAAAGUGGACACAAAGAAGAUCCAAAAACUUCAAACUUGGCCAUGCAUCGUGGACAGUUCAGAGAGGGGAGCCUAGAUGAGGAGCGUCCCGUUUCUAAGAGUUUCAUUACGUUUCGCCAUAGUGAUGAUGCCUUUGCGCCAGCUACUGUCUGUCACUGUAUAGGAGACUUCGUUCCCUAUCGAAUCCUCCGACAACUGGAAUACCCCGAGCAAAGUGCGAGGCAAGAGCUCUGUGGUCACUGCCACCAGACACAUGGAGAAGAAUCUCUAG